CAUACCCGGAAGAGAGGCUGCUCUCUCCGCGCAGGGCCCGGGGCGCCGCCGGCGGGUCCGAGGGCGAUUGGGCUCUCCGCGCCGGCCACAUUUUGUGGGCCCCUCCCACGCCUCAAGUAGGCCCCCGGCUCUGGAGCAGAGAAGCGGCAUGGAAGCCGAGGACCUUCAGGAGGACCUGACCUGCUCCAUCUGCCUGGACUACUUCGAGGACCCGGUGUCCAUCGAGUGCGGCCACAACUUCUGCCGCGGCUGCCUGCGCCGCAGCUGGACGCCGGGCGGCGGCUUGUUCUCCUGCCCCGAGUGUAGGCAGCCGUCGGCGCCCGCUGCGCUGCGGCCCAACUGGGCCCUGGCCAGGCUGACGGAGAAGACCCGGCGCCGGCGCAAGGGCCCCGUGCCUCCGGGCCUGUGCGGCCGCCACUGGGAGCCGCUGCGGCUCUUCUGCGAGGACGACCAGCGGCCCGUGUGCUUGGUGUGCAGGGAGUCCCAGGAACACCAGGCCCACACCAUGGCGCCCAUCGACGAGGCCUUCCAGAGCUACCGGGAGAAACUUCUUAAAUGUCAGUGUAGUCUCACAGCCAAGAUGAAGAAAGUCAUGCAGUUACAGGACAUGGAAGCGAAGAAUACUACAAAGUGGAAGGUGCAGAUAAAGAAUCAGCGAAUGAGAAUCAGUACAGAGUUCUCAAAGCUGCACAACUUCCUGAAUGAAGAAGAGCAACUCUUUCUUCAGAGACUGAACCAAGAAGAAGAAGAGACAAAGAAGAAACUGAAUGAGAACAUGUCAAGGCUCAAUGAAACAAUCAUUUCCUUGAAGAAGCUCAUCAUAGAGGUCGGGGAGAAGAGCCAGGCCUCCAUCCUGCAGUUGCUCCAGAAUCCAAAAGAUAUGUUGACCAGGAGUGAGAUGCAGGAUGUGAACUGUUCCCUUGAAGUUCCAAAGGUGAAGACAGCGUGCCAGCUACCAAUGAUGAAGGAAAUGCUAAAGCGAUACCAAGUGGCUGUAAAUGUAGCUGAAGACACAGCUCAUCCCAAACUUGUCUUUGCCCAGGAAGGGAGAUAUGUGAAAAAUGCAGCAUCAGAGAGUUCAUGGCCAGUAUUUUCUACAGCAUGGAACUACUUUGCUGGAUGGAAGAAUUCUCAGAAGACCACACACGUUGUUGAGAGAUUUCAACACUUACCCUGUGUUCUGGGAAAAAACGUUUUCACCUCAGGGAAGCAUUACUGGGAAGUUGAGAAUAGAGGUGGCCUGGAGAUUGCUGUGGGGGUGUGUCAGGAGGACAUUAUGGGGAUUACUGAUAGUUCAAGUAUGUCCCCCCAUGUGGGAAUCUGGGCUAUUCAUUGGAGUUCAGCUGGCUAUCGGCCCCUAAAAAACCUCCUUUUAAUUCCCCCCAGCAAAGAACCAGCUGUUCACCGGGUGGGGGUUUACCUAGAUCAUGAGGCUCACAGUGUCUCCUUCUACAGUGCCGUGGAUGGAGUGCACCUACAUACUUUUUCUUGUUCUUUUGUCUCCCGUCUCCGGCCGUUUUUUUGGUUAGGUCCAUUAGCAUCUUUAGUCAUCCCACGAGUGACUGAUGGGAAAUGAGGCUAUUCUUCCCCUGGUCCCAAAUCCUUCCCUAUAUCCUAGCUCAGUGACACACAUACCCUGACCCUCUUCUUUGGCUUCAUAUGUCCAGUAUCCUGGGUAGUCCAUCUUCUGGGUCUCCCUAAUUGAACCAUUUGGUUUUCACCCUACAUGUGCUUCAGAAGAGGCAGGCCAGUGGGAGGUAAUUCAGGCCAGUGAUGAUGGGACAGGAAAUUGUUCAUAGUGCUUCUGGGGAAUGUAUUUGGAGCUUUAAGAAAGAGAUGUUUUGGAAGACAUAGCCCCACUUCUCAUGUUAGCAGGUAUUUUGGAACUCAGGAGAAUACAGGAAGAGUGAAAAGGUGUAAGAAACAUAGUCUUUCUUGCCCUGGUUAAAGUAUUUGAAUUUCCCUAAUGUGAAGCUUCUUGCUAUAUGAGAUAAUUAAUCCCUUCCCUUAUUUUGUAAGGCAAUUUCCAUUUCCUUAGGUAACUUGCAGCAUGAGGUACCCUAACUGGCACUAUAGGCACCUAGCGUGGACAUCCCCUGAUAUAGGCUUAUCUCACUUUUUCUGCAAUUUGGCAAAGGUAUGGAUUCCCCUCUGUCCAGUCAUGCAAUGCCUCUUUUCAGCAAGUACUGAUGUCUCCCACUUUUCCAGCUCAGAACCUUGAGGAAAUUUCCCCUCUGCUCAUGCUGCUUGUUCUCUGUUCCUGACCAUGUCUCUGCCCUCAACCGUUUACUGUACAUUUGUCAACUUCAUAAGUUUUUUAUAGAUGGUCGUUUGUGUCAUAAUGACCAUGUUGAGAAAUCUGUGUUAAAUAUCUACAUUGUCCUGGCAUUUUCAUAUAAUGCAGCUUGAAAUAAAGAUGGAAAUUUAAA